AUGGGAUUUUUGAGUGGUGUGCUUGGUGCGGUGAAAGAUGAAAAUGAAGUGACAACUUAUGAUGAUAAUAAAGAAUUAAAUGAUAUAUUAAGCAAUUUACAAAAUUCGAUAGGUAAGGGUUCCAGUGUAUUUUCCUCUCAGAUUACGCAGGUGUCCCAGUGGCUUCACAGGUAUGAGAUGCGUUUCGGCGAUAAAACGGGAGCAGCAACAAGCGCAUUAAGUGCGUUAAAUAACAAGAAAAUUGGCGAUGAAUUCAUGAAACGUGUUGCAGGUAAAGGUCACGAAAAACUUCAGAAGCAAUUGGAGGACUGGACCCACGUGGUCGGAGAGAUUGAGACUGAAUUGAAUAAAAUCGAAAAUGAAAAUGUAAUGCGCUGA